UGCUCACAUGUACGCAGUGCUAAACCUGGAGUGUGUGACAGCGACGUGACCUGCGUGAACUAGUUUUACAUAGUGAAUAUAUAAUGAUUUUUUUAACAAGGAAAACUUUAUAGGAACAGUCAAUAAAAUAUCUGAGAAAGAGAGAAGUCAAUUAUUCAAAGAUAUCUGAUAACAACAUAUAUGAGGUUUUCUGAUCUGGUGAUGAUGAAAGCAGUGUUUUGGAUGUGGAACAGUGUUGGUCAGCUGUACUUUCACUCCCCGCCAAUAAGAGUAUCACUUCCCUGUUUCCUCAGUUAAUGUUCAAAAAUGGAACUUUCAUUUGCUGGUUGGUUUGUUUCACUUCAGUUCUGCUUUGCAACAACGAUUAGAAAAGGGAAGAGAUUCUAGAAGAGAUUUCUGAUCUUUCGGGCAGACAGCACCACCAUGGUUUACUGUAAAUCAUCAUUCUUCUGGAUUUGCUUCACUGCUGUACUGGCUGGAUGGGUUCUCACCCAAUGUCCUGAAUCCCACUGGACCACUAGUAGUGAGACAAGCUCAAACCACUCUUGUAACUGGACGUGCAUGAUUUUUACUAUACAGUGGCCAGGAAGCUUCUGUCUGAGCCUGGAAAAUAGAAACAUCUGUAGGAUCCCCGAGAAUAUUCACAACUGGACCAUCCACGGCCUGUGGCCGAUACGUACUUAUGGCUGCUGUUUCUGCUGGCCAGUAUUCCAGUCUCAUCUUCAGGAUCUGGAGCCAGAACUCUCCCAGCUGUGGCCAUCACUCAUUAAAUCCAAGAGCAACUUUUCCUUCUGGAAAGACGAGUGGUUUAAACACGGAACAUGUGCAGCCUGUGUAGAGAGUAUGGGCUCUCCAGCUCAUUAUUUCAGAACCUCACUCAAGCUUCGGACGCUCUUCGAUGUUGACAAUGCCCUGGCAAACACCGGCAUCAAGCCCUCCUGUAACAUCUCCUAUAAGCACGAGGAAAUUCAUGCUGCGCUCGGGCCGUUCCUGGGAAACAACUAUGUGGUACAGUGCGUCAAAGACGAGAAGGAGCGAGAAGUGUGGGUUCAGCUGAAGAUCUACAUCUCUAAGAACAUCACUCUUGGAUGCCAAAAAGAGGAAACACUCAAGUUUUCCAGAGCAUCCAACACUUCUUUGGGACAUCCCUGUCCAAAGAACACCACUAUAUUCUACUUCCCUUUAGACCGUGAGCAUCCCAAACAACCCUGCCCCUGAAACUAGAUUAGCUCCGGCUUCAGCUCUAAAAGAGGUAAAGCAUCAACAUGUCCAAUUAGCAUUUACACUGCUAUAUUAAUGCAAUAAUUUCCAACCCACAUUAAAUACCGUAUUGUCAUUAAAUUAAAGGAUAUUGAAACAACGUUGGAGAACAUGGCAAAUUUCACAUUUUAUUGACAUGGAAUCAAUUUUCUCAAAUGCUCUACACCAAAGAUGAGCUACAGCCACUAAAACAUUGACUAAUAAUAAAAAAAAACACAAUAUUGUAAAAUGCAAACCACAUGAAUUACUUCGUGAUUUUAACCUAUGAUCAGAAACAGAAACACACACACAAAAAAAGUUAGACAGUGAUGCUGUUUUGUCAUAUGUAGAGCACAUAUUCUCACACUUCUAGUUUUCCAAGGAAGCGAAGAUUAAGAAUUUUGAGCUGCUCAUCCAGCUCCAUUCGGACGAUGCCAUCCUCUCCGUCGAUACUGAGCAGGACACCUGUGGCCUCCCGGUCUUCUCCCAGAAUCACCUUCACCUGAAUACAACACCGGCACAUCACAGAAUAAAUAAUAUUGUAUUUUUUAUUAGGAUAAUGAUUUUAAUAAAAUAGCACAGUAGUGCAAAAAUACCUUUUGAAAGAGCAACAAUUAAAAAAUAAAUAAAUAACAUGUC